CCCCAAACACAUGUAGCCAUUUUGCAGAGCAGCGCGACCAUCUUCCGACAAGCAGCGAAGAGCCGCAGAGAUCUGAGGAGCAGGAGGACCGGCACGGAGGAGGGAACCGAAAGCUCCGGCGGGCGCCGAGCGGAGAACGCGGCGUUCUCGACCCCGAGUCGGAGACAAGGCUGGAGGGAGGAAGAGGCAGGGCGGUCCGAGACAAACCCUCCCUCCGCUCCGCGCUCCACGGGCCGCGGUCCGCCGAGAAAUCGUGGGCCGCUGUAAACUCUGGGAAACGUGUCCCUGACCUGGUUAAAGUUGAAGUCCUCCGCUCGUGUUUUUUCUUCGCACCAAACCUGGCAAAUGAGAAGCAGCAUGAGUCCGGUCACGAUUCCCUGCCGCUUCCUUGGACCGCGUGUGGGUUCUUGAAGAUAACGCACAGCUGCUCCCCCAAGCACAUUAUCUAGGAGGGCUUCGGCGCCAGCGGCGCCUGAAAUCUUCCAGGGAUUUCUCAAGUGGCAGACAGUGAUCCGAUCCAGCGAAGUCCCUGUGAUCCGAGCCGGCGCCGCUCCGAAGCGUUUUGGGAUGAAACCGUGACGCUGCGGAGCCGUUAGAGCACGAUGGCAGCCGUUGGAAACAACGAACUGGUCAUUGAGUUUGCCAGUAGCUGCAUAGAAAGCGUACAGCAGCUCAGCGACCCGUCAGUGUUCCCAGCUGUGAUUGUGGAGCAGGUCCCAAACUCCCACCUCCUUAGCUACUCGGACCUGGCGUGCGAGCAGCCGGCCUCAGGCGGCUUCCAUCCCAACUCCCUGGAUGUGGCAGAGGAGCAGGUGGUGGGGAAGGAGGAGGAGGUGACUCUCACAGUGGAGACGUGCUGUCACAAUGGCGAAGAGGAGGCCAUGGAAGCAGUGGAGGCUCCGGAGAUGCUGCUGAGCUUGGACCCCUCCACCAUGCUUCUUGAGGAGAAGCAGACGUCUCAACCGUUUGGUGUGCCACUGAGCAUAGGGAAGACCGGUUCUCAGCUCCAGCAGGAAGCCCUGGUUAAAUCUGCUGCCCAGCAGCUCGGAGGGAAGAAAGGGAGGAAACCAAGGAAGCCUCGCCCAGUGUCUCCAACGCCAGAUGUCCAGAUACGGAAGAAGAGCAAAGAUGGUAGAGGAAGCACACUCUAUCUGUGGGAGUUCCUCAUGGCCUUGCUGCAGGACAAGUCAACAUGUCCCAAAUACAUUAAAUGGACCCACCGAGAGAAGGGCAUCUUCAAGCUGGUGGAUUCCAAGGCUGUGUCCCGUCUGUGGGGAAAGCAUAAAAAUAAACCUGACAUGAAUUAUGAAACUAUGGGCCGAGCGCUGAGAUACUACUAUCAGCGCGGGAUCUUGGCCAAAGUCGAGGGCCAAAGACUGGUGUAUCAGUUUACGGAGAUGCCCAAAAAUCUUGUGUGGAUAGGUGAAGAUGAUCCUGACAAUGGCCGGUCGCUGGAUGAGAAAAUGUCAUCUGAGGCACCUGUUCGCACACAGUCCGAACCCAAAUCGAACAUGAGGAGUGGAGGCCUGAAACACAAAGCCAGAGGAUCGAAAGUAAUGGCGGACUACAGAGCAAGUAGUACAGAUCAGCAAGCGGAAGACCUCCAGCCAGCAGUGGGCAAUGAAAGUAGUCCAAAAGCAGCUCGGCCACUGGGGCUCAUCCAGCAGCACCAUCUUCCCAUUGUGUCUGCGGAGAUGAUGAGGACACUGCAGAACAUACAGUCACUGCAGCCGGGUCAAAACGGCUCGGUGUUCAGGACGGUGCAGUUGCUCGAAAGCCUACAGAAUGCGCAAGAGAGACACGCUGCCAAAGACAUCCACCAGGAGGCGCUAGCUGGGCCCAUCAGUACCACAGCUGGUCAAACACAAGUGCCGGUGGUGAUGUCAGCCGGAAGCCAGUGUGUGACGCUGCAGACGGUGCCAAUGAGCUCUGAGUCAGGGACUUUGACCACUAGCAGUUCCACCUUCUUGCUGCAGACAGUCCCCUCGCUGCAGCCGGUCACAGUGAUGAUGAAGAAAGUCACCCCAGAAAGCUACCUGAUGCAAGAGGAAGCAGACAGAGUCAGGGACAAGCCAGCAGCGUCUGCCGUGACGACCUUCGUAGGCAACCAGCAACUGGUGUCGCAUCCCCCCGGCACCGUCAUAGCCUCCGUCACCUCGACAUCGGACAGCAAACUGACCGCAAAGCCAUCCAAUGGAGACGAGGAGCUGGAAAGGCAGCCAGGCAUCAAAGUGGAACCCAUCAGCGUCGUGGUCCUCAAUGACGCUUGGGUCGGUGUCGGGGACAGCCAGAAGGACACAGAAUCCUGAAAAGGGACACUGAUCAUGGAGCAUCACUCUGACUGCUCCCUUAAGUACUCCUACCAAUGAACCACCCAGGAGGUCAUCUACCUCUCCUCAACAGACACCAAACAGUGUAAAUAAUCCAAUGAGACCAUAAUAAAUAAAUGAAUUUGGUUAAAAUUAGCCAGUUCCUGCAAGCAUAAACCCAUGUGUAAGCCGUGUGAAGUUCGACACGGCUUUCAGAGAUGUUAAUUAAUAUUUUUUUUUUCCUGCUAAGACUAUGAAGAAUUUGUAAAAUCAAACAUUUGAUACACUGUGUAAUUUUCUUCAUCAGAUAUUUACUGUCAUUAUUUAUUCAGAUUCCAUUGAACUUAUCUGAUGAUUAAAGCGUUCAGUGUAGCUUCGAUUUAAAAAAAAAAAAAAAAAAACUGACUCACU